UGUGAGGACUCCAUCCGAGAGUGUGUGAACAGCCUGCCUGACAGACGCCUCGACAUAUUGGUGAGUAAUGCUGGCAUGGGGAUGAUCGGGCCGCUGGAGUGUCAGAGUGUAAAGGGCAUGCAGGACGUCUUCAACACUAAUUUCUUUGGCUUGGUGCGACUGGUGAAGGAGGUGCUUCCCGACAUGAAGAGACGACAGAGUGGACAUAUUGUGGUGAUGAGCAGUGUCAUGGGAGUUCAGGGACUACUCUUCAAUGACGUCUACGCUGCUUCGAAAUUUGCCGUAGAGGGCUUGUGUGAGAGUCUUGCAGUGCAAGCUAUGAAGUUUAACAUUAAGAUGACUUUGGUAGAGCCGGGGCCGGUACUGACAGAGUUUGAGAGGAAGGUCUACGAGGACGCACAAACCAUGGACUUGUCCGGCACAGACGAAGAGACGGCCAGAAUUUUCCGUGAGAUUUACCUUCCCUACUCAAGAAAGGUGUUUUCCUCACUCAGUCAGAGCCCUGAGGAGGUGGCAGAGCAAACGUUCCAGCUGAUCGUAUCAAAGAAUCCUCCGUUUCGUCACCAGACCAAUCGCCUGUACACGCCCAUGACGGCCAUGAAGCACGCAGACCCUACAGGACGCCUGCCGCUAGACGCCUUCUACAGGAUAAUCUUCCAGCACGACCGUGUGUUUAACGUCAGCCUCGGCUUCAUGCGCUUGCUACAGAGGAGAACGAAGAAGUCUAAAGUGUGAAAGGAGCGAAACAUCAUCCCAGGCAUGACUUUUGAAUUUUAGAUGGAUAGUAGAAUGAAUAUAGAGUCAGGUCUAACUAGAUGGCCACAUAUGUGUGGAAUCUUACAGAUUUUAAUUAUACUUUUAAAUCACAAAUGAGAAGUAAUAAAACCCUUGGAGGCAUGCUGUUAUAGGAACAUAAUCAAUGACGGGGUGGUGUGAUGUGGCCCAUUGUGAAAGUUGAUUAUUUUCCUAUAACAGCAUGUUCCAAUGGGUUUAAUUCCUAUUACUAUUAACUAAGUUCAUUAGAAAAUACUGGAAGGAACGAACAAAAAUAGUAACUGCAGUAGUAAGUGGGCGGGACUGGUCAGAAUUCCUUCAGGAAUGGGCGGAAAUGGGACACCUCCCGUGCACUCCUCCACCCUCGGGGCAGUGAAGUAUACAGGUCUUGAUUUUUUUUUAAUGACAUGAUGAUGCUGACUAUCAGCUGAUGUAAAAGUUAUUAUAGUUCUAUGCUUAACUGACUGGCCAGUUGGUUUGAAAGGUUAUAAAGAGUUUCCUAAAGCUCACUAACCUAAAAACAAGUGUAAAAUAAUGUCAUUGACUGAUAGACGAUUGACAUUUUUUUUUACAGUGAAAGCAUGAUGACUGCAGAUUUAAAUAAUUAUGUUAAAAACAACUUUAAUUGUUGAUUUAUUUCUUUUAUUCACAUUAAUUACAGAUUCUAUAAGCAGUAAAAGUUAUGAAAGAGAGCAGUGCAGAAGUGUGUUUAUGUGAAAGCACACAAUAAAUGACACGUGACAGAAAUGUAGUU